CGUCAGUGUUCCUGUUUUUUUCUUCAAAUGAAAGUGCAUCAGACUACACUCACACGGUGCACAUCGUCUAGAACCUCAGUCUGUGAUUGUUUUAUAUCUUGACCAUGGGAUUGACUAAUGGAACCUCAUACAAUGUAUCGAAUUCAUCAUACAACUGCAGCCUUCCCUAUGAAAAUGACCGACUUCCACUUCUGAUUCUGUAUGGCAUUGUUCUGAUUGUGGGAGUACCUGCUAACCUCGUCACCAUCUAUCUUACUUUCCUCGAGGUGCAAAGGAAGAAUGUGUUGGGAAUCUACCUGCUGAGUCUGUCUGUGUGUGAUCUGAUGUACUUAGGAACGUUACCUGUAUGGGCCAUUUACAUACACCAUGGCCAUCGCUGGCUCAUGGGCUCUCUGGCUUGUAAAAUGACAUGCUACAUUUUCUUUAACAACAUGUAUGUUAGCAUCUUCCUCCUGUGCUGCGUGUCUGUGGAUCGUUACAUUGCUGUGGUGUAUUCACUGAAAUCUCGAGGUCUGCGGCAGAUGAAAUUAGCUAUAAUAGUCACUUCAGUAAUUGUAGUUGUCGUGGCACUGGGACACAUGCCAGUGUUUACCAUGGGAGAAGGUGAAACAGAUACAAAAGAGGAGAAGCGGUGCUUUGAACCUGGACAGAACACAGCCACCGUGACUGCCUUCAACUAUUCCCGCUUUGUGAUUGGAUUCUUCAUUCCACUGUGCGUUCUGCUGGUCACCAACCGUGGCAUUCUUUCGAUGGUCCAGGCCAGUGCUGGCUUGAGUUCAGAGCAAAAAUUUAAAGUCCGCUAUCUUGUUCUGGCAGUAAUCCUGUUCUUCCUGGUCUGCUUUGCUCCCUAUCACAUUAUUCUUUUGUUACGGGCCGUCAGUUACCAUUUCUCAGAGACGACCUGUGUCUUUGACACAGCACUUUACUCACCUUACACCAUCUCUCUGGGACUGUCCACUCUUAAUAGUGCUACGAACCCUAUUCUGUAUGUGCUGGCCAGUGACAACACCCGCAAGGAGAUCUGCAGAAGCAAGUUCUGCCUGUGCAGUGGUUUCUCUUCUGGACAGGAGACAGGACCAGUUGUGUCAUCACGGGGGAACGGUCAGAUAACUGCUUAAGUCUAGUGAGGGAACACAGGAGUGUGCCUUGCAGACAAAAACCAUGUGAAAUCUGUCUAUUUGAUGGAAACCUUGAUGGACAUAUACAUAAGCUAUGUACAUUUCAUUGAAUGGCAUUACAUUUUGGAGAAAUCUUGUUUAAACAUUCAACAAGUUUUAGGUUUUUCCAUUUACAUACUACCAGCCAUUUUAUACCCUUGCUAGUAGAGAUGAAUCUUCUUGUUAUUCGUAUAACUUUAGGGAAACAUUCACAUGCAUGUACAUUCCAUGGCCGAGCUGCUACAUCUUGUAUAAUAAAAAGUCUUUAGUUGGUCUUCUGAAAACCACACUUCAUACAUAUUUCACAAUUCUAUAUAUAUAUAUAUAAAUAUAUAUAUGAUGAAAUGUGCCAAACAAAAGAAUGAAACCUGGUACAUCUUUCUUGCCAUUCAUAAUGAUAUGUACCUUAGAUAGGUCAGAUAACUUCUUUGAUGGCAUGAGUGUAACCCAUCAAGGGGAAUUUUUUUUUUCUGCAGUUGUGGGCCUUUUUUUUUCUAUAGUUACCAUAAACUUCCUGUAAGCUUGACUCAGUCUAGGUAAUUUCUAGAGACUGUUUUGAUAUUUGCAGUUUCUGGCCUACACCCACGCCACGGUCAAAGCCAUCAAGGAUCAUAAUUUUUCCAUUCUGAUGAUUAAUGGGGGCUUUAACUUAAGACCUGUGGUAUUGCUGCCACAUGAUUGGUUCAUAGCACAAAUGAAUAAGUGUACAGGAGGUAAAAUGAAUAGUGUGUGCAUAUAAUACGUUUAAAAUUCAAUAAUUUUACAAGAACAAAAAUAGACCAGAACCUUAACUGUCAUGCAUACAGGGGGUGAAAAACUCCCAGUGACUGAAUAUCUCUUGGGGGUUAAGCUCAGGCUUUCAUCUUUGGAAGGGGGAAAGAACAACACACAGGUAGAUCUAUGAACUCUAUAACAGACAGACUAAUGAAAUAUUGAUUGAUUAUAAGGAGGGGGAGCUAUAAGAAUACUGACCUAUGAGAGUACCUGGGGCAUACUACAAUACUGAAGCCACUUCACUACUGACACUGAAAACACAUCCUGUUUGUAAUUUCCUGGAAGUUUGUGAAAUGGCAGAAUUUGAAAGUUAUGCCACUUUGUGAGAAACUUUGUGUUCAAUCACCGCAGAGCACUGCUGUCAUUUGACACCUGUUGAGAAACUCACACACAUUUCACACAUGAGUUUCUUUAACAUCCGAGAAACACGUGAAGGUUAAUUUCAGUGACGGUAUUUAUAGGUUUUGGAACAAUAAUACUGAGCACCUGAGGCAGUGAAAUUUGUAGUUGUAGAAAAUAGUCACACACGUGUAGCAGUAAAUUUGAAGCCAAAGAGAAAAUUGCUUCAUGGGGUCACAAACUUUUUUUAUUUUUCCGAAUGUUCGACAAUAAUUGCAGGUGCACAAAUCUACAAAUCACAAAUGAAGAACCUCAUAAACUUACGUUUCUGCUACAGUUGCUGAAUGGUGCAAAACACAUUCCCACACCUGUGUUAACAACAAAGUCACAGACAAAUUCUGCCCACCUGUAAAUCACUAUAUAAAUUCAUAUGCAGUGAGUGUUGCACACCUUUGGAAUAUAUUUUGACCACAAUAACAAUAACUGCUUGAAUUGCUUCACUCACAAAUGUCAAGUUUCAUGCAUUCUCACUUCUGCACCACAUAUUUCUCUGAAAUGUAGGGGAAAAGUGAUUUGUGCAACUAUAGAAACAGGGGUGGGAACUGUUUUAAGAGCAGAGAGAGAGCUUUUAGCCAAUCAAAGUAGCUUGUAUGGGUGUCAGUCGCAUGCUGUCCAAAUGAAAAAAAAACCCCGAAAAACUCCAACCUCCAGGCAAACUCAUCUUCAUUAUACUUCAGUCAGCUAUAUUAGUAAUCCGUUUCUUAGAGCAGCUCUCGUUUGUAUGCGUUCACUUUUUCACAUGUGCACAAUUUGGUAGUGACUUCACAUUUGUUGUCGGGGUUAGAGAAUGUGUUUUGCACCAUAUUCACUGAAGCAACUGUAGCAAAAAAAAAAAAAAGGUGAGUGCUUGAGCUUCUUCAUUUGUAAUUUGUAGAAUCAAUAUUCAAUAACACCUUCAUAUAUAACAACCUGUUAUGCCCUGAAAUACGUCAUUGAAUAAUUCAUGUGAAAAGUUAACAUGUGAAAAUAAAUCAAAUGAAAAAAAAAAAAAA